AUGGCUCUUCCGUGGGUUCAAGAGCUCCAUUUCGCUCACCUGAAAAUCUCUCUGACCAUCGAUGGCAUUGUUCCUGUCAUGCCCUCAAGCUCCAUUCCUGCUAGCCCUGGCGACAGCCUUUACCUCUCUAACCUCGACGACAUGAUCGGAGCACGCGUCUUCACCCCUACAAUAUAUUUUUAUCAGUCAGGUAACAUAAAUUCCAGCCAAAAACCUGUCAUGAAAAUACUAGGUGAUGCUCUUGCACAAGUCCUAGUCCCUUACUAUCCUUUAUCAGGCCGGCUUAGAGAGACCGAAAAUGGUAAGCUCGAAGUGUUUUUUGGACCUAAACAAGGGGCGCUCAUGGUGGAGGCACACUCUGAAAUGGCGUUGGCAGAUUUAGGAGACCUCACAGUGCCGAACCCUGGUUGGGAACCGUUGAUCUUCAAGUUCCCUGAUGAGGAGCCGUACAAAGUUCUUGACAUGCCAUUGGUCAUAGCUCAGGUAACUGUUUUUAGAUGUGGUGGGUUUAGCCUAGGCUUGAGGCUCUGCCAUUGUAUUUGUGAUGGAAUUGGUGCCAUGCAAUUUGUUGGGGCAUGGGCUGCCACAGCAAAGGCAGGGACCUUGAUAACAAACCCUCAGCCAUGUUGGGAGAGGGAACUCUUUCUGCCUCGCAACCCUCCGGUGGCGAAAUUCCGACAUGUCGAGUUUAUGAGAAUUGAAGAGGGGUCGAGCCUAACAAUGAGUCUUUGGCAAACCAAGCCUGUUCAGAAGUGUUACCGGGUUAGCCGUGAGUUCCAAUCUCAUCUGAAAAAUCUGGCUCAGCCGGAUGAUGAUGCUUUUUCAUGCACUACCUUUGAUGCUAUGGCUGCUCAUAUAUGGAGGUCAUGGGUGAGAGCACUUGAUGUAAAACCACUAAACUAUGAGCUUCGGCUUACAUUUUCCGUAAAUGCUCGCCAGAAGCUGCAAAACCCGCCAUUAAAAGACGGGUUUUACGGCAACGUGCUGUGCGUGGCAUGCGCAACAAGCACCGUCUCAAAGCUUGUAAAUGGACGGCUUUCUGACACCACCCGUUUAGUUCGCGAAGCAAGACUUAAUGUUUCAGAUGAGUAUUUGAAGUCUACGGUGGAUUUCAUUCAGGUGGACAGGCCAAAACAACUUGAAUUUGGAGGAAAAUUGACAAUUACUCAAUGGACUAGAUUUUCCAUAUACGAGUGUGCAGAUUUUGGGUGGGCAAGGCCAAUAUAUGCCGGUCCUAUAGAUCUGACUCCCACACCUCAAGUUUGUGUGUUCCUUCCAGAAGGAAAUGCUGAUCUUAAUGGGACAAUGGUGAUGUGCAUUUGCCUGCCAGAGGCCGUUACUGAUAAGUUUACAGAGUAUUUUGUGUCUCAUAUAUAG